AUGGAAAAUGGAUCAUACAGAUAUGAGAUUCUCAGGAUCGAAGGAUUGCGGAUUAUGCGUUACUCAGUUUAUCCAGUGCUUGCUCUUCUUUUCUUGAUCUAUCUGUUUAUUAUGGUAUCUAAUAUUGGCAUUGUCAUAAUAAUAGCAAUGGACAAAGCUCUUCACAAACCAAUGUACUUUCUUUUCUGUAACCUUCCCUUGAGUGAUGCAAUCAGCAUUAACAGGACUGUCGUACUGCCUAGGUUACUCAAAGACAUUGUGGCUGAAUCUGACACGUAUAUCAGCUUUAUCGCUUGUGUAAUUCAAGCCUUUAGUAUUCACUCUUUCAGUUUGAGUGCACAUACUAUAUUAAUUGUCAUGGCUUUUGACAGGUACAUGUCCAUAUGUGACCCGCUAAGAUACCACACCAUAAUGAAUAACAUAAUGGUUGUAAGGCUCUCUGUAAUAGCUUGGAUAACCGCUACUGUCCUGGUCGGGGCAUAUUUGGCCCUCACUGUAGAGCUCUCCCAUUGUACUUCAGUGAUAUCUAAUCCCUACUGUGACAAUCCUUCCCUGUUUAAACUUUCUUGUGGGAAUUUGUCACUUAAUCAAAUCGUUGGUUUAAUUACCUCAAUCAUGUUUAACAAAACAUGA